GCGGAAAAACCCCAGAUCCAGAUCCACCAGUUGUGGCCUCCGACGGCCAAAACCCUUGGUCUAGCUCCACUCUCCACCACCAGAUCUCUAGAUCGCCGGCCGGCGAAAUUCCAACCAAUGCAAGGCCGAGUCCUCUCUCGUUCGGCGAGCUUCCGGCCUGAGAACCUCGGCCCCAACGCCCUACAUCUCAUCGGCAACCUCUGCUUCGCCCUCUUCGUCCUCGGCGUCCUCGCCUUCACCAUUAUCGCGGCCACCUACCAGCCUGAGGACCCUCUACUCCAUCCUUCCACCAAACUCACAUCCUUUCUUAUCUCCACUUCCAACGCCACGUUCCGCUCCGACGAUUCCGCCGCCCACACGGGCGACGACUUCCUGACUCCCAAUUUCACCUCCGACGCCUCUUCUGUCAUUAACCUCUCCGACAUCAUAUUAUCUGUUGAUGAAAACUCGACCUCCGCAGCCACGGACGGCGAUGGGGUGGCAGUGUCCGUCCCACUCGAGGUUUGCACCGACGGAGCGAUUAAGUGCGCCGACACGGAGAUCUUUCAAACUAUGAUGCGCGCUGCCAUCGAGACGUUCCGUGACAUCCAUUUCUACCGCUUCGGUAAGUCGGUGCAAGGAAGUGACGACGGCAGUUCUUGCGACAUGGCUUGGCGUUUCCGCCCUAAGAAUGCGAAGCGGACGGGAUUCUAUAAAGACUACAGGCGCUUCGAGAUUGCACGAUCGGCCAACUGCACCUACUCUGUCGUCAAGAUCGGCGACUAUCACUCUGGCAUCAACGCCCGGAAGAAGCGAAAGUCGGCCAAAGGCGGCGAGUUCAAACGCAAGGGUGCGCCGGAAUUGCUUUCCGAAGUGGUGGUUCCGGUGGUGGGUGAGGCGGUGAACGACACCCUUCCGGUAGUGGAGUCUGAAAGCAAGUUCAGAAGCGGGAAGUACUUGAUCUACACUGGCGGUGGAGAGCGGUGCAAGAGCAUGAACCAUUACCUUUGGAGCUUCCUCUGCGCGCUCGGAGAGGCUCAGUACUUAAACCGAACGCUUGUUAUGGAUCUCAGCAUUUGCCUCAAUUCUAUGUAUAGCUUGAGCAAUCAGGACGAGGAGGGGAAGGACUUCAGAUUCUACUUUGAUUUCGAGCAUCUAAGGGACUCGGCCUCUGUCCUCGACCAGCAGCAGUUUUGGGAGGACUGGAAUAAGUGGGAGAAGAAGGAUAAGCUAAAGCUUCACCUCGUGGAGGAUUUCAAGACCACGCCCAUGAGCCUGGCUGACGUGAAUGAUGCUUUGAUAAUGAGGAAGUUUGGGACGGUGGAGCCUGAUAACUACUGGUACAGAGUUUGCGAGGGAGAGACGGAGUCUGUGAUCCAGAGGCCAUGGCAUCUGCUUUGGAAAUCCAGGAGGUUAAUGGACAUUGUUUCCGGUGUAGCUUCGAGAUUGAAUUGGGAUUACGACGCAGUUCAUGUAAUACGAGGGGAGAAGGCAAAGAAUACUGAACUCUGGCCUAACCUCGCCGCUGACACCUCACCUGAUGCUUUACUCUCUUCUCUCCGAGACAAGAUUGAUGACGGAAGGCACCUGUACGUCGCUACCAAUGAGCCUGAAACUUCUUUCUUCGACCCGCUGAAAGAUAAGUACACCACCCAUUUUCUUGAUGAUUUCAAAGAUCUGUGGGAUGAAAACAGUGAGUGGCAUCUGGAGACGAAGACUCUAAACGGUGGAGUUCCUGUUGAGUUUGAUCGGUACAUGAGGGUGGAGGUGGACACAGAGGUGUUUUUGCGGGGCAAGAAACAGAUUGAGACCUUCAAUGAUCUCACAAAUGACUGCAAGGAUGGAAUCAAUACCUGUCGAACUGUAUCUUGAGUCAUGAUUUACAUCAUCAAAUAACUGGUAUUUUAAGAUCUUUCCGCUUAUUUAUUGCUCCUUUGUACUCUGUUCUGCGUACAAUUUAAUAAAUUUGUAUGUUUGUUAUUGACUUAUCUGUCGUUGUUGAGGCUCAAAUUUGUAGAAUUUACACAUUUUUUUUAGGGGUUGUCUUCUUAGGCUCAUCAAAA